CAUAAACAGCACAAGAUCAUGGCCACUAACUACAGCGCCAACCAGUAUGAAAAAGCUUUCUCACCCAAGUACCUGCAGAACUGGUCUCCCGCCAAACCAACAAAAGAGAGAAUCUCUUCUCAUGAAGGCUACACUCAGUUCAUCGCCAAUGAUCGUGGUCACUUACUGCCUUCAGUGCCCCGUUCCAAGGCGAAUCCUUGGGGGUCCUUCAUGGGUACCUGGCAAAUGCCUCUGAAGAUACCCCCUGCUCGGGUGACCCUGACCUCCCGUACAACUGCUGGUGCUGCCUCCCUCACCAAAUGGAUACAGAAAAAUCCCGACUUACUCAAGGCCUCCAACGGGCUGCGUCCUGAACUCUUAGGCAAGCCCCAUGAUCCAGAUAGUCGGAAAAAACUCAAGAAGCCUAUCACAAAGACUGUACAACAAGCACCAAGUCCAACCGUAAUCCCACGCUCUCCAGCUGCCAGCCUCAACUCCUCAGAUGAACUGCAAAGCUCACACCCCUCUGCAGGUCAUACUCCAGGUCCCCAAAGUCCAGCCACAUCUCCUAAGAGUCCACCUGGAAGCCCAUGUAGCUAGAACACUGUACAGGUCCAAAUCUAGCUGAGGUCCAGAAAUGCAAACCUAAACCUUCAGAUGGAACCAAUUAGCCAUGCUGGAAAAACCUGUCUAGAGAUUGAGUGAAUUAAACAAGACUCUUCCAGUCAGAACUGUGAAACAGGGAAAUAUGGGUGGGAGUAAAAGCAAAUUUGGGAAAUAAACACUGUUGGUUGAAUCUUUUA